AGACUAAAUACUUGGGGUUUCGAGUCUGACGACAGCACGAGGGCGUGGCUUGUUCGCAAGGUCAAGGAGCAUGCGCCGUUUAUAUGCUCCCGGAAGACCGCGAAAAACAGCCCCAGAGGAAAAAAAACGUCGAUCUAGGUUAUUUUUAAGGUCCUCUGUUUCCUGUGCAUAAUGGCAGAGGCAGACCAGACCAGAAAUACUCUAGAAUGGCUCCCUGAUUGUUUUAAAGUGCUGAACAUCACAAAAAACACAGUGUCUGGUUUCGUCACCAAUAAAUCUGACCUCAGCACUGUACUAGAAUGCCACAAGAGAGAAACACUGACAUCUUUCAUUGUUUAGUCUGAUGAUAAAAGAAAGAAAGAAAAAGGGCCACAUCGUCUGGUUUGGCAGGUGGAAGAUUUGUCAGAGGAUGUACCACUUUCUGUCACAAACAGAAUAAUUCAUUGCAGUUGGCUGCACAGCCAAGCUUUUUAUUAGGUACAUUAGAAGGUAAGCAACAUUGCAUCUGUACAAUAAGGUUGGAAAAAAACCUUUAAUAUUUGAAUAGCCUAAUUGCAUUACUCUAGAAAUAUUUUAAAACACAAAAAUACUUAUUCCGUAUUAAGUUAACAGCAUGUUUCUUUACCCACUGAUAGGUUUAAUGUAUAAACUUGAAGAGAAAUACAUUGAAUUCAAAUUUAUUUAGGGGUACCCCCUAAUAGUCAACCAAAGGUUAGUCAACAAGAAGAGGCUUAGUCAACAAAAGUUUAAUUAGUCUUUAAUAUGUGCCGAUAGAUGAUAGUUUUUUGUGUCGAUAGUCAGAGAUAUGUUGUUGUUUAAAGGCAAGGCAAAAUGGCAUUGUUGUUCAUCAGCAUUUUGUUUUGUUUCCUUAGCAGUGUUUUUCUCACACAACCUCAGUAUAAAUUUCAGGGCAAAUUAACUACGUUUUUUUAGCAAACUCGAUGGACGUCCUGAGAAAUCUGAAUGCGAUAGUCUGUGAUUGCUGGUGUAUUAUUCUGACGCUUCUCCUCAUGUUUUUUUUACCUACCUGAGCUACUGUUUGCGCACUAAUUUUCGACAUGUUCAUCAAGGAUGGUAUCUGACAAAAAAAAAUAACAGCAUAAAAGUGAAGUUGACUUGAAUAGGGUUUUUAUAAUAAGUUAAAACUAUAUUAACAAAUAAAAAAUUAAAAGACAUACGAUUAUACAUGGUGCACUACUCUCACCUAAGCCUAUGCUACUCUUACAUCCUACAUCAUACGUCGGGUCUGAGGUCACUCUUCGGCCGAAACUCAAACUUGCGUUUGGCCGUUGCCGGAAGCCUGGGAUUGUAGUUUUUCUUACAAAAAAAAAAAAAUAAAUCUUUUUUUUUUUUCCAGAUUUGACAAAUUCAGCGUUGAAAAAGGAGCUUCUAAAGUGAGGAAACAAAUGAUUAUGGACACUCUGAAAGCAGCUCUACAGAAAAAUGAAGCAGAGUCAUCUGAAAUUAUUCACAUCAACUUGCCACUUGAGACAGCUCACCAACACCACAAGAUUUCGGCAGAAAGUGCAUACACAAGAAAUAUCCACCCUCUUGUGAAGAAGAAAAUUCAAGAGUAUGUGUCAUUAGGCAUUACUUCUGUGCCUUUCCUUAAAAAAGUGCUUCGGCAAUUUGUGAACACUGAACUCUCCGCUUCCGAUUGUGUCCUCCCAAAGUCACAUGAUCAGUGCUACUUUCCAUCUAGCCAUACUAUUCAAAAUCAUGUGCAUUUGCCUUUAGUAGCAGGAAGGUACUCUGGUCUUGAUCAGCUUAAUUUGGAAGAAAAGCUCAAGAAAUGGAAAGAUGACGACCCUAGUGCACAUUUUUAUUUCAGAAAAUGCUCAGAAGCCCAAAUCAUGGACAAUAAAGUAUCGCAAGAUGUUGAUUGUGUGAAAAGUGAAGAAGAGGAGUCCAUUCAGAACACAUUUUUAUUUGUGCAUCAGUCCCAAGAACAGCAGAGACUUCUGAAACGGUAUGGAGACAUGGUUCUCCUGGACGCCACAUACCGAACGACAAAAUAUGCCUUGCCACUUUUUCUAGUUGUUGUCAGGACAAAUGUUGGCUACAAACCUGUUGCAGAGUUCAUCUGUGAAAAUGAAUCCACCAUGGCGAUCUCUGAGGCCUUGUCUUUAAUAAAAAAAUGGAAUGAUGCCUGGAAUCCAAAAUAUUUCAUGACUGAUUAUUGUGAACAAGAAUACCAGGCACUUCAAUUGGUUUUCCCACAUGCUCAAAAAUACCUGUGUUCUUUCCAUCGAGAGCAAGCCUGGAUUCGCUGGACAAGAGAAAAGGUGGUGCAGAGGAUUCUCCCCUCAUGGAUUUAAUGUAUCUGUAACCACAAACAAUGGCAUUGAAGCAAUGAACAACUCCUUGAAGAGCUUUUACCUGAAGAUUUUGGGUACUAAAACAGUAUCAUCUUUGGUUGAAAUGAUUGUUACUGAAUUCAUCCCAGAGCAGCUCCUCUCAUAUGCUAAACUUAAUUACAUGUACAGCAGUCA